AUGAUUGAUUCGCAAAAAAUUUUAUCGAUUCCAACAUUAAACACGGAUGAAUUUUAUCGAAUUAUUUCAGCGAAAAAUUUUUCUGAUUCUGAUGCUAAGGAAUGGGUAUUAAAUCAUCAAUUAUUUGCACUUCAGUCCUCCUUAUUGUAUAUUUUCUUUAUAUUUGGCAUCAAAUAUGUUAUGCAAAAUCGCGAGCCAUUCAAACUUUCGUUACCGCUCAAUAUUUGGAAUGCUUUUUUGGCACUAUUUAGUAUUUGUGGAACAUUUAUGCUUUUGCCUGAGUUUAUGGAAACUCUUCGCGAACGAGGAUUUAGAGCUUCAUAUUGUAAAGCAUUUGGUUUUACGAGUGGUUUAGGAGGCUUAUGGGUUUGGUUAUUUAUUGUUUCAAAAUUAUUGGAACUGAUUGAUACCAUAUUUCUUGUGCUUCGAAAAAGGCCCCUAAUCUUUCUUCACUGGUACCACCAUGUGAUGACGUUAAUGUAUUCGUUUUAUUCAUAUCCGGAGACACCAGGCUUCAAUCGAUGGGGAAUUCUCAUGAACUUUUUUGUACAUUCAUUCAUGUACAGUUAUUAUUUCUUUCGUUCGAUAAAUGCUCGCGUACCUGCUGGGAUGGCUAAAUUCAUUACUUCUCUCCAAAUCCUUCAGUUCUCAAUUAGUUUGGCCUUGCUUGCUGAUCUCGGAUUUAAGCUUGAUAAGGAUUGUGACAUCGAAUGGCAUAUUUACAGAUUUGCUCUUUUUAUGGAGAUAACAUAUCUUCUCCUAUUUAUAAAUUUCUUUUUCCGUGCAUAUAUUUUUGGAGGUGGAAAAGCGAAAUAUAAAAUUGCGAAGAAAGUGCAGUAA